AUGAAACCCCCAUACCUCGCCGUGGCCAUCUACCACCCCCGCUACGGCAACUUUCAGCACUGGGCCCUCCAUCUCCACUCAGACACUGAAGACCUCAUCUUCGAAGUCGAUGGAGAGCAUCCCAGCUUCCAAAAGAUGGUAUCCAAUGGGCUUCCUUCUGAUAACCCGGGUUUCAUCGAGUCCCUCUUUGUAUGUCAGAUUGGCAGCCCCGAUAUCCCGACCGUGAAGGACGUCGUCAACGCCACGCCCGUGGACAAUGAGACCCUCGAAUGGGACUGCCAGGACUACGUGUUAGAGAUACUGGAGGGAUGUGAGAAGGAAGCUGUGCUAGAGGAUGAGGAUGCCGAUUAUGCAGAGGCCAUGGAGAUCCUACGAAGUAGACGGGGGCCGAUCCUUUAG